AUGCUGCAGCCCUCUUACAGCUCAGAUUCUUCUGACAAUGAAGAUGACUACCUGGAAGAGGAAGAGACUGAAGAGGAGAAGUUUCUCUGUUUGUUUUGUGACAUGGUUCUCAGCUCGAGUGGACACCUCAUGGACCACUCCCUAAAAACACACAAACUGAAUCUUGUUUCGGCUUUCAGUGAAACGUCCUUCUAUGGGACCAUUAAAGUGAUAAACUAUACUCGGGGUAAUAAAUGUAGUGUUGAGGAGUUUAGUACAGUAUUGAAGAGGUCUGAAACGUUGGAAGAUGAAUAUUUGAAGCCCUGUCUAAAUGAUGAUUCUUUGUUGAUGAUUGAUUUUGAAGAACUUUCACACGCCCAAUCUCAAAGUUGUGCAGCGAAUGGUAAAGAGAAGAAUGCAAAUGGUGAAUCAAACAAUGGAAAGGUUGAAUUUCUACAAGCUAAAUUAGAGCAAAUGCAACAGGCUUACAUGGAACUACUCGAGAAAACUGAUAAAUCCAACGCACAACUGAGACCUGCAACGGACUCCCACUAUUUUGAGAGCUACGCAGAUUACACAAUCCAUGCGGAAAUGCUGCAGGACAAAGUACGAACAGAGGCUUACAGAGACUACAUCUACAAGAACAAAGAUAUCUUCAGCGACAAGGAUGUAUUAGAUGUGGGCUGUGGCACAGGUAUCUUAUCAAUGUUCUGUGCCCAGGGCGGAGCCCGGUCUGUUAUGGCAGUUGACAACUCUAAAAUCGUGGACAAGGCCAGGAGCGUUAUUAGAUCAAACAACUUGUCUUCUAAGAUUGAGGUUGUAAAGGGGAAAGUUGAAGAAAUUGAGGUGGACAAAAAAUUCGACAUUCUCAUAUCAGAAUGGAUGGGAUACGGUUUGUUGUUUGAAUGCAUGUUAGACAGUGUCAUAACAGCCAGGGACAAAUAUCUUAAACCAGACGGUCUGGUCGUUCCAAACAGAGCGUCUAUGUUUGUGUCAGCCGUAAGUGAUGAGGUGAGUUAUCAGCACAGGUUUCACUUCUGGAAUGAUGUCUAUGGGUUCAAAAUGAACGAUGUUGUUCCAGAUCUUUACAAAGAAGCUGUUGUUGAGUGUGUUGACAAAGAUAAUGUCAUUUCAGAUAAUUGUGGGUUUAAACACCUCGACUUGCAAACCGUUAAAACGCCUGAACUUGAAUUUUCCAGGCCAUUCCAACUCCAAAUCAGUUCAUCCUCAAAGUUAACUGCCUUAGUCGUACAUUUUACCUGCUUUUUUGAUGGAGAUGUUUCAAUCGUUUUGGACACCUCGCCUGAAAGUGAAACCACUCACUGGUUACAAACUAUACUCUACUUGAAAUGUCCUACUGAUGUUUUAGAAGGUGAUGUAGUGCACGGACUUAUCGCGUUUAAUAAGGACUCCACUGUUAAGAGAGGAUAUGUGAUUAAAAUAGAGGGUGCAAUAAGUCGGGAUAGUGCAGUGGUGGGGAAGUUCAACCAACUGUAUCAUCUCCACUGA